CGCUUGAAGGGCUUGUUUACUGACUGCGAGAUAAGGCCGUUGGCGCUCGAUCGUGUAUAAAGCCUUCCACACCCGCCAGGCCGGGUGCUUUCACAUCCACGACUCUCUUCCCGAGCGGCCGUUCCAGAGCGCAGCAAGAUGGCAGAAACAAUUGGCAUCGUCGGAAGUGGACUGAUCGGGCGGAGCUGGGCGAUGCUGUUUGCGUCGGCAGGCUACAAAGUGAAGCUUUUCGACAUCGAACAGAAGCAAGUGCAAUGUGCCCUCAAGGAAAUCGAAAGCCAGCUCAAGGAACUUGAAAGGACCAAGCUUCUCCGGGGAAAGCUGUCAGCAAAGGAACAGCUAGGCCUCAUUUCUGGGACGUCUAACUUAAAGGACUGUGUGACAGGAGCAUUCCUCGUCCAGGAAUGUACACCCGAGAUUCUAGAAAUUAAAAUGAAGGCACUGAGGGACCUGGACGCCGUCGUACAGGCACCCACUAUUAUCUCGAGCUCCACCUCCACGCACAUGCCUUCUGUUCUAAGCAAGUCGCUUAAAAAUAAGGAGCGUUUUGUCGUCGCUCAUCCGGUGAAUCCUCCUUACUACGUCAGGCUGGUGGAAAUUGUUCCCGCGCCAUACACAGAGAGCUGGGUGCCAGUGAAAGUGCGAGCUCUCAUGGAAACCAUCGGCCAGGUCCCCGUUUCUCUUAAAAAAGAAAUCGCUGGGUUCUCCUUAAACAGAAUACAGUACGUCAUUUUGAACGAAGUUUGGCGGCAGGUUCAGGACGGAAUCCUCGACGUUGCGGACGUUGAUAAGGUCAUGUCUGAGGGCCUCGGUCCUCGGUAUGCAUUCCUGGGGGCUUUGGAAACCGCGCACCUCAAUGCGGAAGGUAUGGUGAGCUACUGUGACCGUUACGCCUCUACCAUAUACUCGGUGAGCCAGUCUAUGGGGCCGACCCCGCACAUGGAAGGUAAAGCAUUGGAGGAUAUUCAGCGGCAAAUGUGUGAGCGCAUACCCCUCGAAAAGCUGCAAGAACGCAGGCAAUGGAGAGAUGCCUGCCUUACCAAACUCUCAUUACUAAAAAAAGAAGUGGAGUCUUUGCCAGUCACUGGUUUAUUGAGGAAAUAAUUUUAGUAAAGCAAAGGCAAGCAGAUACAAAUAGAUAAAUACAUACAGAUACAUAUGCCAAGAUCUUCCGUUCAAAAUGUUUAAAUUCUCAUUUUAAAUAAAACUUCCUUUUAUCCAGAA